UUUUUAACAGCUGUCACUUCCCAAAAGCAGAAAAAUACCGAUUUUGUCGAUUAUUUUGUGGAAAUGUAAUAAAAAAAAUAGAAAUCAAACGAAGAAAACACAAAGAAACUUUUAUAAUUCCGUGCAUUUAAUUAUUUUAAAUCUUCAGCAAUACUUAGUUUGUUUGUUAUUUGUCUCUAAUUCGUUGAAAAUGGGUCUGUGCAAAUGUCCAAAACGAAGAGUAACAAAUCAAUUCUGUUUCGAACAUCGAGUUAAUGUUUGUGAACAUUGUAUGGUCACUAGUCAUCCAAAGUGUAUCGUCCAAUCCUACAUCCAAUGGCUUAAAGACAGUGAUUACGUAUCCAAUUGCACUUUAUGCGGUUUGACUCUAGAGAAUGGGGAUUGCAUCCGAUUGAUUUGUUAUCAUGUCUUUCAUUGGGAAUGCUUAAAUGCUCGACAAGCUGCACUUCCUCCCACAACAGCUCCAGGUGGUCACACAUGCCCGUCAUGCUCAAAUGCCAUCUUUCCCCCAACGAACUUAAUUUCACCCGUUGCUGAUAUGUUAAAGAAUCGCUUAGGACAAGUUAAUUGGGGUCGCAAUGAACUUGGACUACCAAUGCUUUCAGAUGAAUCCUCGAAUAAAUCUAACACACAAUCGAUGGCAAUGAGUACUAUGACAAAAGUUCAUCAUAGUAACGUUGAACGAAGCAAGCCUAAUGGAGCAUAUUAUAAUAAUGGUAAUAGUAAACUUGACAGUCCACAUUCCGUAUUGCUUAUGGAUGCAUUCAAUCCGCCGUCGAAUGAUUCACAAGCCAACAGCAGACGUCCCAUGCUUCCAAGACAAUCGCCGAUUGGUGGAACCGAUCGCGACGACAAUAAAUACAAGCGUCGAACGCCUGCUGAGAUCUUUUCUCGUUGGUCUAGACGUUUCUAUGCACCAUCAUCACGACCGCCAUGGCGACGAACUUGGUUUUUGGUAUUAAGCGGAAUCCUAGCAUUCAUUAUAAUCGUCUAUUUGAUGGCAUUCUUUGGCCGUGGUCUAUCAGCCGAUUCUUCAGAUGAUUCCUGGAAUAACAAUCCUAACCCAAAUAAACAUUACGAUUAAAAGAGAAUAAAAAUAAUAAAAAAAUCGCAUCGAUAGUAAUUUUUGGUUUAAAACUAAAUAAAUAAUUUAAAAAAAAGGGCAAAUCAAUUAAAAUGUGUUACGAAAUAAUAACACCUGUGAUUCCACAACAAAAGAAAAUAAAUAAAUUAAUAAAAUUGUGAGAAAAUCAGGAAAACGACAUCAAUGCAUAUACAGAAUGUGUUUUAUAUUAAAUUCUCUUCAUGUUUUCACACA